AUGAUAUCUGGAAAUGGUUUUUCGGUUGGUCUGAUAAUCGAUUUAACGGACACCGAUCGCUACUACGAUCGCAAAGAUAUCGAAGGACUGUGUGUGCAGUAUGAAAAAAUCAAUUGUCCUGGGCGAGGAUCCAUGAUCGGUGUGCACUGUACGGAUGGCGUUAAUCGCAGUGGUUAUUUGAUUUGUCGUUAUCUGAUCGAUCGACUGGGCUGGUCCUCGCAUGAUGCUAUUGAUGCUUUUGAGCGUGCACGCGGUUAUACGAUUGAACGUGGAUCAUAUGUGCAGGCGUUGCACCGAGCAGCUAAGGAAAGACGAACAAAAAAACGUCAUAAGUUGAAUGAAGAGGUGGCUUCGAGUGAUGAAUCAGAAAUUCAAAAAAUGCUAAGAAAACGAAAUAAACACAAAAAGAGGAGGCGUAACGAUGAGAAUGGUACACCCGAUAUGGAAGCAGUCCUUAAUCAAAUGGCUCGGGCUUUUGAGGUACUACAGCCUCAACUUUUAGCCAAUAAUUUUCAACAAUCUCAGCAACAUCAAUCGUCAUUGAAUUUACUUAGCGAGAGCCAACCAAACUACGGUAUGGAAGUAAGCAUUGGUCCCGUUGAUAUGCAGCAGCAGCAGCAACAACAACAGCAGCAGCACUCGCAAGGUGCUUCAUCCUACCUUUCAGCUGAAAACAGCCCAUUUGUUGGCAGUACAGGCACCGGAGAAGAUGAUGAACUCAGUGCGGAGCAGGAAAUGCAAACGCCGAGUACUGGCGAUGAGCCGGACAUUGAAGUUUCGAAAUCGAAAAAACGGCGCGAGAGACGACUGAGACUGCAGAAACAAUUCGCAGUGAUGAAAACAGGAAAUUUUUGGAAAAUAAAUGAAAUGCAAAAGGAGAAAUUUGGUACCUCGUGA